AUGACCGCUCAUGUCGAAAACAGGCCCUACCACGAGGCUUUCAUGCGCGAGGCCAUCAACAUGGCCGAGCUGGCACUCGCCUCUGAUGAGACGCCUGUGGGAUGUGUUUUUGUUCACGAUGGCAAAGUGAUUGCCCAGGGCAUGAACGGCACCAAUGUUACCAUGAACGGAACACGCCAUGCCGAAUUCGUGGCCCUCAGCCAGAUCUUGGACCAACACCCACCUUCGAUCCUCCAGGAGACUGACCUGUACGUCACCGUAGAGCCAUGCAUCAUGUGUGCCUCCGUCUUGCGCCAAUUCCGCAUCCGCGCCGUCUACUUUGGCUGCCUCAACGAUCGCUUCGGUGGCUGUGGCGGUGUCAUGCGCAUCUGUGACGAUCCCAACAUCGAACCUCCCUACAAGAUCUUCGGUGGCAUCUACAGGGCCGAGGCCAUCAUGCUGCUCCGCCGCUUCUACGUUCAGGAGAACGAGAAAGCUCCCGAGCCCAAGCAAAAGAAGAACAGAGAGCUCAAGACCGACAUCAUGCCCCUGGUCAACAUGAAGAACCCCGAAGGUUGA